AAGUGGAGGUGGAUUCAGGCAUUGAGUCUGUUCAACUGCCCUUGAAAUCAAAGCUCACCUGCCCAAAGACAUUAAAGUGGAGUGGAAAGAUGGUUCGUACAGAAAGAUCCACAUAUAUCAGAACGGCUCUGAUCAGUUUGAAGAACAGACAAGGUUUACAGAGACCGAACAGAGAUUGAUGAAGACCUGCUGAACACUGGAGACCUCAGUCUGACCUUGAAAUACCCUACAGACUGGACACAAACACCUACACCUGCAUCCUCCUCAGCAGGGAGGGAAAGAUUCUGCUGAAGAGAAAGGUGAGCUGAAGGUCAGAGUCUGUCAGGUGGAGGUGAAGGAGGGGGCGGGAUCUGUCCAGCUGUCCUUCAAAACAACAGAAAACCUGCCCGAAGAUGCCAAAGUGCAGUGGAAGAUCAGUGGUGAAAGAAUGGUCCACGUGUAUGAGAACGGCUCUGACCAGCCUGAAGAACAGCACCAGUUUUACAGAGACCGAACGAAGAUGAAUGAAGACCUGCUGAGAACUGGAGACCUCAGUCUGACCCUGAAUCACCCCACAGAGAGAGACAGUGGAGAAUACAGAUGUGUAGUCAAAACAGAGGAGAUCAAGAGAUACAAAACAGUAUUCCUCAUAGUCAAAGGGAGAGUUCAGGUCCAGGAUCAAACAGGGGACAUCAGGAACAGAAGCAGCUCCAUUGAUCCGACUCCUCUGAUGGCUGAUCAAUCAGUUUGAUCUGUGUGUUCUUUGAUUAUUGAUCAGUGAUGUCAGAGUGGAGUCAGUGUGAUGUUGUUGUUGUGUGUUUGAGACUUUUAGUGUCCAUGAAGGUCUCUGCUGCCGUAGAUCCUCUGAACUGUGACAGAGGUCUCACUCUGGAGGAAACUCUCAGCACUUUCAUUUUAUUUACAGCACUUGAGAUUAUU